AGGAGACCGGCGGGCCCGGGCGGAGAGGCGCGGAGCCGCGCCGAGCCGAGCCGCGCCGAGCCGUGCCGUGCCAUGCCAAAGCCGGGGUACCGCUGAGGCGGGGCGGGCCAGGCCAGAGGCGGGGGCUCCCCGGCGGGGGCCCGGCUCCCGAGGAGGAGGCAGGAGGAGGCAGCAUUUCGGCGCGGGGAGCGGCUGCGCAGCCACCGGGCCAAUGAACAUGUCCGUGUUGACUUUGCAGGAAUACGAAUUCGAGAAGCAGUUCAACGAGCAUGAGGCCAUCCAGUGGAUGCAGGAGAACUGGAAGAAAUCAUUCCUAUUUUCAGCACUGUAUGCUGCCUUUAUAUUUGGUGGUCGGCACCUAAUGAACAAGCGAGCAAAAUUUGAACUGAGGAAACCACUAGUGCUCUGGUCCCUGAGCCUUGCCGUCUUCAGUAUACUUGGUGCUGUUCGAACUGCUCCUUUCAUGCUGUACAUUUUGAUGACCAAAGGCCUGAAGCAGUCAGUGUGUGACCAGAGUUUUUACAUUGGACCUGUCAGCAAAUUCUGGGCAUAUGCAUUUGUGCUAAGCAAAGCACCCGAACUAGGAGAUACAAUAUUCAUUAUUCUUAGGAAACAGAAGCUCAUCUUCUUACACUGGUACCAUCACAUUACUGUGUUACUUUAUUCUUGGUAUUCCUACAAGGACAUGGUGGCUGGCGGUGGCUGGUUUAUGACCAUGAACUAUGGAGUGCACGCCGUUAUGUACUCUUACUAUGCCUUGCGGGCUGCUGGCUUCAGAGUCUCACGCAAGUUUGCCAUGUUCAUCACCUUGUCGCAGAUCACUCAGAUGCUGGUUGGUUGUGUAAUCAAUUACCUGGUCUUCUCCUGGAUGCAGCACGGCCAGUGCCAUUCCCAUGUGCAGAACAUCAUCUGGUCCUCUCUCAUGUACCUCAGCUACUUUGUGCUCUUCUGCCAUUUUUUCUUUGAGGCCUAUAUCGGCAAAACAACAAAAGCAAGGAAGGUUGACUAGUGGUAGAAAUGAGACAGAAGCCAUAGCUCAGGGUCAUCAAGAAAAACAAAAUUAUAAGAAAAGAAAAUGGCACAAGGAUACGCAUAUAUGUAUGGUGCAGAUCAAACAUGGCAGCUUAGGGAAAGUUAGCUUGGUUUAACCCAGUAAGUUUAUGAUCCUACCAUGGUGAGGACUCACUGAAAUCUACUCUAUCUCAAAGGACUGCUGAUGAAAGACUUCUUCCUUCCUGUACCUGUCUGCUCUCGAAAAGAAAGGAGAAAAGGAGAAACAGAAAAAAAAUAAAAAUUAAAAGAAAAGAAAAGAAAAACAAGAGAAAAUGAAUAAUGUUGAGGGGGAAAAAGUACAUUAAGGAAGCUUCCCCAGGGUGGAAGAGAGACUUUUAUUAUGAAAAUCAAGUUUCUAAAUCCUUUCUAAUAGUUUUUCAGUGUUAUACUUGAACAAAACAAAGCAGAGAGGUGACAAAAAAAUUCUAUCUACAAUACCAGUAGGAUUGCAAAAUUAAAAUCUUUUCCAAAAAAGGUUAAUACCUUUAGCCAAAAGAAAACCCAAAAGGAUGUCACGUACACCUGUGUAGAAGUGGUUGAAUGUCAUCAUGGUUGUGAACGGAAGCGAAACGAGAUUGAUUUCUCCACUCUGUACUGUGCCAGGGGAGCAGAUCUGGAUGGCAGUCACCUCGCUUGGGUGGCAGGAAGGAGCAGUAUUCAUACAAGAGCUUAAUGUGAAAAGAUGCACUGUUGCAAUACAUAUCUCAGCGAGUGCAUUUUCCAAGUGCAUUUUUCAGCUAAAGGCGAGGAAUUUCUGCAGCAGGAUAAGUCAUAGAGGGUUAAAUCAAUCAAUAUUUGCUUAAUUACCAGGGGCUAAUAGCAGAUGAAUGUUCAGGAAGGAGGGAGAGGCGACUCCCCGACCAUGAUUUUUAAGAAUUAUCCACUAAUCUCAAAUUAACCUGCAGCGACAUGGAAUCGAAUGGGGGAAAUGAGAAGCCAGCCUAGCUGGCAAGCACCAAGAGAUGUCUCUACCCACUGAUUUCAGAGCAGAGCCUGCGGUACGACGGAUGCUCGCCGUGUGCUUUUGUGGAUCUGGGAAGAGGCAAGGCGACCUGCCAGGCUGGGUGAAGAUGUGCCAAGAGCCUUCCUCUGGUCACGUGGAGAUAUUACUACAAAAGAUGCUCAGAAUAGGUUUUUCUUGAGAUUUGUAUAGGAAAUCAGUCUGAAAGGAGUGAUUUUGCUGCAACGGCUUAGCUCUAAUGUCCAGAGGGAAUCGUCCUUCACUAAACAUGUAUCUCUCUCUCUGCAGAGUCUGUACUGUAACAUCAGACUGACCACUUAAGAAGACACUUUUCUUCUCUGAAGUCAGCUACAGAAAUAAGGAGAAACGUAUUUCACUCUGAACCUUAGAGAGCUAGUUGAUAACAGCCAUAUUCUCUCAAAGACGAGUAGAUUGCAUUAUCUGUGAUAUUCCAGUCCUUAUGAAGCCAAAUAAAAUGUGUAAAAGUUCCUAGUAUUUCAAAGAUGCAAGUAUGUAAACUUGAUGUUAAAUGUGUUAAUGUAGUACUCUAAAUUGUAUCAGUUAGGUAGCUUAACUAAACAAUUAGAAGAACUAGAUCAACAAAAUAGGGACUGCUGUUCUGCGUAGGAUAUACACACCUAUAACUACACCCAUAUACACAUUCUGUGAAUUGUCAACAAGAAAAAAAGCCCAGUGGCAGAGAAUCACGUUUCCUGGCUAAUGCAAAAGAUUGUCAUUAUCUUCCUUGCUUUAAUUUGAGAUUGUACAGUGCAAAGGUUUUUUUUUUGUUUUUUUUUUUUGUUUGUUUGUUUUUUUAAUUAUGAUUUCUAGCUUUAAUUGUGCUGUCAUUCAUGAAACAGAGCUGCUUUAGUAUCUUGUUAAGAGAUGACAAGGGCUUUUGGUGUCUCAUUAUAUACAAAAGAAAAACAAAUAAAGUUACAUUCCAUGUUAUGUGAAUGGUCUUACAAAUCAACAAGCCUCCGUAGGCUGAAAUCAUAAUUACAACAAGCAGAAAAUAAGUUUACAUUUGUGUUAUUUAAGUUAUUGAUGUGCUGACGUUAUUUUAUGGUACACAACAAAUAGCAAAAUGUGAUAUUCCGUAAUGAAGCUAUGAUAUUCAUUAAUAGGACUACUGUAUACAUGGAAAUAUUAGACAACGCUAAUUAAAUGUGUAAACCAUUUUGUUUUACA